GAGCGCGUUCUAACUUUUAAUAGGUUACGUUUUCGAGUGCGUCAAAAAACACGGAAGUGAGACGUUUGCGUUGUUAGCAAGAUGAUCGCGGAUCUCUUAAUAUUUGGGACUCUGCUGGUAAAUGCGGGGGCUGUGCUGAACUUCAAGCUGAAGAGGAAAGACGCGCAAGGGUUUGGAGAUGAUUCUGGAGCUCCAACCACAGGUGACAACAUCAGAGAGUUCCUGCUCAGCUUGCGAUACUUUAGGAUCUUCAUCGCUCUGUGGAAUAUCUUCAUCAUGUUCUGCAUGAUCUUAUUGUUUGGAUCCUGAUCCGUAUCUGGAGACUUCCGGCUGGAAAAUCAGCUUUUCAAGACACUAGAUACUUGAGCUAAUUUAGCCUUUUUAAUAGCUAUUUUUCUGUUUUAUUUACUACCCAGAAAUUAUAACUUUACUUCAGGGUGUGCUGGAAAUAUUCAGCUGUAUUUAUUUUGUUGCACGAGUUGUUAAAGUUGAAUUGUAACUUUCCAAUCUUUGAUGUUUUGUUCUUUAUUUUGGGGCAUAAGAAAUUUAUGUUGUGUGUUAAAAUUUUCUUUUUGUUCCCUGUGCAGAGCCAUAACUGGAGCUGUAUUCAGCAGAUGUGCGUCUACGUUGUUUGUAAAUGAGGGGAAAAAAACAUCUGUUUCAUUCCUCUGACCUGUCGUGUGUUUGUGCUGCUUUUAAAAGUAUGAGCAUACUUCUUUAAUACACGCCAAAUUUGCUCAAAAUAAACAGAUGUAUUAUACUGUAAUGUUACCCUUAAUUUGAAUAAAUAUUUUUUCUUAAUCACUA